AGCUAACAACAUGAAGCCGUCCAAUCUGCCAAACCUGCGCCGUCUAUUCGUCGAAGCACGCACUGAUGCGGAAGAGAGUGAAUACUCAAGAAAUGCUUUCUACAACCUUGUCAUAUUCAUGUCAUCGAUAGCUGGCUUUAGUCUGAUCGCUCAGCGCAUGAUGACUGGCAAGACUGUCACUCUUUGA